AUGCAGGAUAACAACCUUGGCCAGUGGGGUCACCGAUUCCGGGAAGAACAUACCGAACUGGUGAAGAGGUGGUGGGAGUUGAGAAAGGACUUCAUCAAGGAGUUCAGGAAACAGGAUGGCCUCUUCCACGAAUACCAGGAGCAAGGUUCUGACACGGAGGAUGUGGAGUCCGAAGAUGUCCCGUCCGAGGGCCGCAGCGAGGAGGAUUCCGGUGACGAAGCCGAUGCUGAGCCGGCGGAUCCGGGCGUGCGCACGCCCGCGGCCUCCUCCGUUCGCGCGGCGGGUGAGGCUGAAGCCGAGGUGAGCAAAACGAGCGAGGCGUCUCCCAGCCAGGCUCCCAAGCUCAAGCCGACUGCAGAAGUUGAGAUGUCUUCCGAGGCCUCACCAGCCGGGUCCUUGGCGCUGCAGGACAAGAUACCCUCGAGGACGCUGAGCCUCCCGUCGUCCAUUGCGAGGAGCGGCAGUAUGUCCACGAUCGAUACCGGCCUGGUGAUGUCCACCACGCGGACUUUACAUCCCUCGGAGUGGUCCAGCUGGUUCAAGGUCAAGGUGUCCACGCGGAAGGGUUUCGGGCUCUUCAGCAAGAGCUGCCGCCCUCCACGGGAGUUGUCGACUGCACCACCCAGGCUGCUUUUCCCGGUGCUUAGGGCCGUGGAUGCGCUGGAGCAGCCGAAGGGUUUGCAGCCCCUCGACGCCGAAGAGAUCGAAGCCCUAAGGGAGGAGCAGGCGCUGCGUUGGGCGCAGGUGCUCGCGAGCCGGUUUCUGGCGCGGAGGGCGCGGCUGUACGCCCGGACCGGUCACCAUCUCGUGGCGAGUCGUCUGUCUGAUCGCGUGGCCGCCUGCGAAAGCUGCGCCAUGUUUAUCUCGCCAUCGGAACUCCACUGGAGCUGCCCCAGCUGCGUGUUCAACAUCUGCAAGACAUGUGCCGGCGAUAUCAUGGCAGGCAAGCGGCCUCGAGGAAAGCUGAUGAAGCCAGGCAUUUCGCUCUACAGCGCCAAGUAUGGGCUGAGCUUGGUGAUGCUUUGCUACGCUCUGCUGAAUAACAAGGCCGUCCUGAAAGAAGAAGAGAGGUCUUUCUCCCAGUCGUUGCAGGAGAGCAGCUUUAGCGUGGCCACCCUGCUGCUGAUUGUGGCGCACCUUACGAUGCUGAUUUCGGAUCGCAUCUUUUUCAAAGCCCACUACAGCACCAGGAGCAAAAGAACACUCCAUAUCAUCGAACUCAUCAGCAUGGUGAUCUUCCUAGCAGAGUUCGUGUUCCUGCACUGGCACACCAUUGCGAUCUUGUGGACUUCUGUGAAUGCCCGGGAAGCCACAAUCUCGCUGGCUAGCGACUUCGAGCUGUGUAUCUACUACAUCUGUGGGAUGCUCUACCUGAUCAUCUGCAUGCUGCAAGUAAAGCACUCACUGCCGUCGUUGAGCAACGAUUCCCUUCGGCCCAAGACAUCAUCUCUCUUCUCUGCGAGUUCCAUCAUAAGCGAAAAGAUCCGCUACUUCGCUUUCAUGAUCCACUACAACAUGCCGUUUGUGGACGACAUCCGCAUCAUUGUCGACUGGACCGUGGCCCCCACGAGCCUGGAUCUGUGGAUGUACUGGAAAGUCGAAGACGCGCAUACGGCCUUCUAUCGGUCCAGGCAUGUCAUGUUCGUUCGGAGCCAGUCGUACUAUGCCGAAGAGCGAGAUCCCCUCGAGAAGAUCUACAGCGGUUGGGCGAUCCUGUGCCUAGUGGUUCUGGUCAUCCUCAUGCCCAUCAUCGUCUUCUCUCCCUUCUCGCCCUUUCCGAACACCGUCCUGAUCGACGAGGCGACGCUGAGCCUCGAGCUGACGGUGGCCAGCGCCUGCUACGGAGUGGCACACGAGAGAGAACUUUGCAGGUAUGUGGCACUGCAGCUGUUCGAGUCACCAGCUUCGCAGAUCCAGAACUACAACAACUCGGCGAAGCAGCAGUAUCUCAGGGACAACCCUCGCGUCAACACGGACAUCGACAUCCAGGACGUGAUGUGGCCUUGGUACUCACAGGGACGGCUGAAAGCCUCUCCCGCGGCUGUGACAGAGGUGCAGAGACUCUUGGACCAUGCCGGGGCGGACGAUGGGCCCCCUGUGGCGCUGGCAUAUGUGCUUCGCUAUACGCUGCAGCGAGCGGUGUUGGGGAGCACGGAGUACGUGAAAAGCGUCUGCUCCUGUGCGCCUGCGGACUCGUGUGGGCAAGGGGAUGACAGCAUGUGGCCCUCCCGCAUCGUUCACCUCUGUCGGCCGACGGCCGCAACGUCGGACGUGUCCCAGACGAGCGUGUCGGAGCCGAUGGAUCUGCUGAUCAACCAGUCCCGCGACUGGUGGCGUGAAGCCAGCACGGCGGGUACCGAGGAGGCGCGGAUUACCUUACCAAAGAUUUGGUCUCGGAGUGUCAACCUGGGCAACGACGGGUUGACGCCCCAAGCACCAGCAAUGGAGGAUUUCUUCUACGGCAUUGCUCCCGUCAGCGCGAACUGCACUUCGCCCUCCGGUCUCGUCUCUUGCGCGCGGCAUCGAUGGGGCCGUCUCUGGAGCAACAUCCUCGUGCCGGAUCCGGAUAACAGCUCGGCACUACCGGUGGAAGAGCCCACGCCCUUGCGGCUUCAAGUGGAGUUGGAGAAGUCUGUGAACGUCCAAGGCGUCACCGGCGAAGCGAGUAGCAGCUACACGUCUGCUUUAGGUCUUUAUGCGGCCGUCGUCCUCGUGGCGGGCAAGUAUUUGCGAGCGGCCUUUCAGGGAGCUUCAAAGCAAGCUAUCUACGAUGAAAUUCCGGAUGCGCACGUCUUCCUCGACAUCAUUGAGGCGAUCAAGAUGGCGAGGGAACACAACGACUUGCGGAUAGAGUUCGAGCUCUACUAUUGCUUGAUGCAGGUGCUGAGAUCGACUCACAUUCUGCUUCGCACCGGAGGUCACCAGCCUCGGGUAUAUGGAAUUGGUCGAGCAAAGCAGGAGCACAUCAAGGGCGAUGUUGACGAAGAGGUGGUACGCCUUUAA